GACAAUGGAGACAACAACGACAAUGGAGACAACAACGACAAUGGAGACAACAACGACAAUGGAGACAACAACGACAAUGGAGACAACAACGACAACGGAGACAACAACGACAACUUCGACUUCGACAACAACGGCGACAACAACGGAGGCAACCAAGACAAUGGGAACCAAGACGGUAACAACGGAGGAGGGAGCGGCGGCGCGUCGAGUGCCACAGCCCUCGGCGGAAUCGCCGCCCCAGCCGUCGAGGACUCGGGCGACAACAACAGGCCCUUCCUCGUCAACGGCAGCACUUUCACUGGACAAGACACCGCUAUCGCGAGAGCGUGCGAUAUACAGAAGAAUGCCUGCUUCGACGCCUUUAACUCUGGCCAGGCCAAUGGAUUCACGGGGGGAGACUGCGAAAACCAGCGCAACUUGUGCGUCACAGAGCUCUCUGCCACUGUUUAG